AUGUCUCUUUCUAACAAGCUUACUCUGGAGAAGCUGGACGUGAAAGGAAAGCGAGUGGUCAUGAGAGUGGACUUUAAUGUCCCUAUGAAGAACAACCAGAUAACAAACAACCAGAGGAUCAAGGCUGCCAUCCCGAGCAUCAAAUUCUGCUUGGACAAUGGAGCCAAGUCAGUUGUUCUUAUGAGCCACCUUGGCCGGCCUGAUGGUGUCCCCAUGCCUGACAAAUACUCCUUAGAGCCAGUUGCUGUAGAACUCAAAUCUUUGCUGGGCAAGGAUGUUCUUUUCUUGAAGGACUGUGUGGGUCCAGAAGUAGAGAAAGCCUGUGCUGAUCCAGCUGCUGGUUCUGUCAUCCUGCUGGAGAACCUUCGCUUUCAUGUAGAAGAAGAAGGAAAGGGAAAAGAUGCUUCUGGGAAUAAGGUUAAAGCCAAGCCAAUUGAAAUAGAAGCUUUUCAGGCUUCACUUUCCAAACUAGGGGAUGUCUAUGUCAAUGAUGCUUUUGGCACUGCACAUCGAGCCCACAGUUCCAUGGUGGGAGUGAAUCUGCCACAGAAGGCUGGUGGUUUCUUGAUGAAGAAAGAGCUGAAUUACUUUGCCAAAGCCUUGGAGAGCCCAGAACGACCCUUCCUGGCCAUCCUGGGCGGAGCUAAAGUUGCAGACAAGAUCCAACUGAUCAAUAAUAUGCUGGACAAAGUCAAUGAGAUGAUUAUUGGUGGAGGAAUGGCUUUUACCUUCCUUAAAGUGCUCAAUAACAUGGAGAUUGGUACUUCUCUAUUUGAUGAAGAGGGAGCCAAGAUUGUCAAAGAUUUAAUGUCCAAAGCUGAGAAGAAUGGUGUGAAGAUUACCUUGCCUGUUGACUUUGUCAUUGCUGACAAGUUUGAUGAGAAUGCCAAAACUGGCCAAGCCACUGUGGCCUCUGGCAUACCUGCUAGCUGGAUGGGCUUGGACUGUGGUCCUGAGAGCAGCAAGAAGUAUGCAGAGGCUGUCACUCGGGCUAAGCAGAUUGUGUGGAAUGGACCUGUGGGGGGUGGUGGAGAUACUGCCACUUGCUGUGCCAAAUGGAACACUGAGGAGAAAGUCAGCCAUGUGAGCACUGGGGGUGGUGCUAGUCUGGAGCUCCUGGAAGGUAAAGUUCUUCCUGGGGUGGAUGCUCUCAGCAACGUUUAG